UUUCAUUUGGCUCUCAUCCUAACCAUCCAUUUUAUCUUUCAUUUCACUUUGAGUCCACCCAAAGCCAUUUCUAUUCCAUUUGGGUCCCUAAUUUUUGUUUCUUGAUUCUUCUUCUUUUUUAAUUCUACCAUUCAAGAAUCAAUCAAAUCUUGAUCUGGGUUUUUCAUGGGUCUUCUGGUUUUUCUUUGUUUUUCUUGAAGAGUUACUGGUGUGUUUUUUAUUCGGUAUCUGUUUGAAUUUGAAAAUAGUCAGCAGAUGUUAGGUUCAGGCAUGAAUUUGAUCACUACUGUAAUUGGGUUUGGGAUGAGUGCCACUUUUAUUGUGUUUGUUUGUACGAGAAUUAUCUGUGGUAGACUUCGAGCUUCUGAAUCUAGGCAAAUGUUUGAAAUUGAAUCCAGGAUUGACCUUGAACAGCCAGAACACCAGAUUAGUGGUCUUGAACCAGUGAUGGUUGCUGCAAUUCCCACUAUGAAGUUCAGCCGUGAGGCAUUUAGUUCUGUGGAAGAUGCACAGUGCUCGAUAUGUUUAGGAGAAUACCAAGAAAAGGAAGUGUUACGGAUCAUGCCCAAAUGCGGUCACAACUUUCAUCUAUCUUGCAUCGAUGUUUGGCUAAGGAAACAAUCCACAUGUCCGGUUUGUCGAUUCCCAGUACAAGACUCUUUGGAAGCAAAGCAUAUGAGACAAGCAACAUUGAGUAUGGUCCGGUCUGUGGAUAGUCCUGAAACAUCAACUGAAUUUUCUCGGCAGUGGCUACUGCCUGGUCAUGAGCGUUCAGUAGAGAACAGUAGCAACCAAGUGCAUCUUGCCCCUGUUUCUGGCAACCUAGAAGCUGCUUCUGCAGAACCACAGACGAGAUUUUGACGAAGCAAAGAUAUCGGUGAAGUAUUCAUUCCUGCAAAAUAUCUUACUUGUGCUUGAAGCCAACUUUAUACUGUUUUAGAGAUUGAAUCUUUGUUGGCUCAUACACAUACAGCUUAGAUUUUGUGUAGAUUAUUUGUACAUAAAAUUCCUACACUCUUUUGUAGCAUGGUGCCCAGAAUCUAUUCUUUUGUGACAAAACUUUAAUAAAGUUGAAGAAGUUCGAUCAGCA